GAUGGCCGAAGGCGCCAGCGAGGCUGAGUGUUCGGGGGCCUGGCGCGGCUCAGCCGGCCGGUGAGUCCCCUGGCAGGCAGGGCCGGUGGCGCCUUCCCUGCGGCCUGGCGCCGGAGCCACCAUGACGUUGGCCCUCGAGGAGACGCUCGAGUCCGACUGGGUGACCGUGAGGCCGCAUGUGCUGGAGGAGCAAGAGAAGCACAGGUUUGUUUCCAUUGUCCCCAGGAACAAGAUUGAGGCUAAGUUUGCCAUAAGCUGCUACAACCAGCCGGCCCAGAGGCAGAGCAGCACCCAGGAUCAGGCGGGUGUGCGAGGGGGCGCCGAGCCUGGCGCACCCACGUCCGACAGGACCCGCAGGCCGGGCAGCCCAGUGGGCAGUGGUCAGCCAGAGGCCACUGCCUCGGUGACUCCAGGCAGGAGCCCUGGGCCCUGGAGGCUCCCGGCCUGGGCAGAGGGCAGCUCCCCUCGGAGCGUGUGCAGCCUUCCAGGAUGCCCGCUGCCAUGGAGUUUGGGAGAAAAGAAGGCGGAGAGUCCUCUCCAGAGUCCAGUGAGUGCCAAGUCCAGCCCGGUCCGCAGUGCAUCCGAAGGCAGAGGUGGGGCGGGGGCCAGCCGCGACGGCGCACAAGGAGGCCCAGGUGUCCUCAGUGCGGGUAGUGAGCGCUUGGGUGACCAUCACCGAGGAGACUGAGAUGCUAGAAAUGGUGAGGGAGGGCGGGGCGGACCGGGCAUCGCUGGGCUUUUGGUAGCGGAGCAGCUGCCGCGUGCCGCGGAGCUGGAGUCCCCAGCGAGGAGCUGGGCUGGGCGCUUCUUCCAGGAUCUGCACGCAGCGCACCAGCACCCCAGCUCCGUGCGCUCGCAGCUAGAGCCGUGCCUGCCGGUAUUCCCCGAGGGGCUCUGGGGCAUGUGGACAGUGCUGUUCAGGGGCGCCCCAGAGAUGACUGAGCAGGAGGUCCGCAUCCUGUGUUACCAGCUCCAGAUCUCCCCGGGCCACGGGCUGGACACCUCCGGCUGGUAGAUCCUCUCCCAGGCGCUCUUCACAGAGACCCGUGACCUGGAAGGGUAUUUUGAAAGCCGUAGCGAUCUGCGGCAGAAGGGCUACGAAGAAGAGCUUCAGCGGGCCAGGAAGCGCACCCAGGAGCAUGUGGAGAAACUCUACAAGAAUCCAAUGGCAACCUUUCCUCCACAGGAUUUUCCAGUGGCUACUCUUCUUAUACAUACUGCAUCUGGAGAGUUUCUGUGACCCCAGGGGAGAAGAUCGUUUUAAAUUUUACUGCAGUGGA